AUGAACUCGCCCGACGGCAACCCUCAGACGUAUGGUUACGGGACCGAAAUUGUGGCCAGCAUGAUGCACGAAGCCCUAUGCAGCCGCCUAGAGACGCUGGCCAAGACCCAUGAGCAAGCGACGCCCGAGUUUGAGUUGCCAGACAGCGAAGAGUGCUAUCAAUGGGCAUGUGAAGACUUGCGACUUCACUUCAAGCCACAGGAAGCCGAGAAGCUACGGAUGCGCACCUACCAGCGAGAGUAUUGGGAGUUUGAAUGUCUACAAUACGAAGAUGCCCUGAAAUCGCUCAUGUGGCAGAAGGCAUGUGCUUCGGAUGAGGAGAAUAAUUGUGCUGGUCAUGCGGCGCCUACCGCCCAUUGCUGGCGCACCCGUGCAUUCCUCUACCGCGAUCUCCUCAAGCACAGUGGUCUGUCCUUGGCCCAAAUCAGGGACGCCCGCCUCUCCAUCUCGAAUCAGAAAUACUGGGAAUACGAGGCAGACCUUCUUGAGCAACGCGUCGCCCUCCGGGAGCACGAGAUGCGGGAGGCAUUAUGGAAGAAGCAGGAAAGGCAGCGCCUGCGGGAGUCUCCAACCACCCGGCCUGCGAAAAGGUCGCAGCCAGCCGACAAAGUUGACAUGUCGGAUCAUGUCAAUGCAGAUGGUGGUGUCUCGAGCAGGACAAGGUCGAGGACACGUCUGUCCGCGAGAGGCGCCGGCAUUUCAAAAUCUGUACCUCUUUGCGCUAAAACGGCAAUGUUACCAUCCAAUCGAACCUGGUGGUCCCCCCUCCUCCUCGAGCCGGCGCAGCCUGGAUUUUUAACUCUCUUGCUUUCAAGUUUCGGUGCGGAUUGGUAG